CAAGCAUGCUCUUAGCCACCACGCCCGCCGCCGGCGACGGCCAACUUCUCCGCGCGUGGGGAUGGCGGCUGCGGCGGGGCCCACGAGGCUGGCCUACUUCGAUGACAUGUGGGCCCUCCGCGCCCCCGCCACCGUCCUCUCCCUCCACCAGGAGGAGGGCGGCCGGCGAGCGGUGGUGCUGGACGCCACCAUCUUCCACCCGCAAGGCGGGGGGCAGCCGGCCGACACGGGCUUCAUCGUCUCCGCCGCCGGCGCUGGCGCCAGGUUCCUCGUGGAGGACGUGCGCGUUAAGGAUGGGGUGGUCUUGCACUAUGGCAGAUUCGAGGAUGCUGCUGGGCCAGAGCUCAGCCAAGGGCAGAGUGUCAGAUUGGAAAUCGACGCGGAGCGGCGCAAACUCAACUCCAGGCUUCACUCCGCGGGGCAUCUGCUGGACAGUUGCAUGACCAAUCUUGGCCUUCAUCUGGAACCUGGGAAAGGCUACCAUUUUCCUGAUGGGCCUUCCGUUGAGUACAAGGGAGUUGUUCCAGCAGAUCAGUUGCAGGAUAAGAAAAUCCAGCUGGAAAAGGAGGCGAACGAACUGAUUUCGAAAGGAAGCAAGGUUUUGGUCUCUGUUUUUCCCUAUGAGGAGGCGGCUAAGUUAUGUGGAGGUGCUCUGCCUAGCUACAUCUCACAAGAUAGCACUCCCCGCAUUGUGAAAUUCGGUAACUGUCCUGGUUGUCCUUGUGGAGGCACUCAUGUAGCCGAUAUUGCAGACAUUGGCAACGUAAAGGUCACAAAUAUACGGGUCAAGAAAGGCGUGACUAAGGUCUCCUACAGCGUCAGCCCGUAAUAUUUUUCUGCGCAACUCUCAAAACUAGUAGAAUUUGUCAGAGAAGUGGGAGGACAAUAUACUAGAGAAUCAGAAGGCUGGCAUCAUCGUUUUUCAUAAAUUUGGUUAUGUAUGACGACACUAAAUGUGUAGAGGAUAACAUAGAUGAUUACAUAUACUAUUUGAAAAGGUACUAGUAGAUCUAUAAAUAUAUGGUGAUGUAUUCUGUCUCCUCUUGUGCCGUGGUAGAUCGUCGGAAAGGCUGAUUUGCAGAUCAGAUGUUCCACCUCAGGCUAUCCUGCCCUCUCCUUAUCCGUUGAGAUAUACUAUAGAUGUCACAACUCUUGAUAUCUUUUAUA